AGGAGUGAUAACCCCAUGGUGGAUCUGCUGUGAGGAGGAAGGACCCAGGAGGAUGUCAUCAGCCGGAGGAGAGUCAGCUAGCUCGGAGCUCCAAGCAGGUGUCAAAACCAGCACUCUGAGACGGGAGUCCAGGAGGACUAAAGGUCAGGACCGCACUGAGACGGGGCUGAUUAAGCGUUUCCGUGGUGAUGGCGUGCGCUACAAGGCCAAGCUGAUCGGGACUGAUGACGUGACAGCGGCACGCGGGGACAAGCUGUGCCAGGACUCCAUGAUGAAGCUCAAGGGAAUGGCUUCGUCAGCACGCUCCAAAGGAGAGCACAAGCAGAGAGUCUUCCUCACCAUCUCCUUCGGGGGGAUCAAGAUUUACGACGAGAGAUCAGGGGUUCUGCUGCAUCACCACUCAGUGCAUGAGAUCUCCUAUAUCGCCAAGGAUACCCGGGAUCACCGGGCCUUUGGCUACGUCUGUGGGAAGGAGGGACACCACAGGUUUGUGGCCAUCAAGUCUGGCCAGUCGGCGGAGCCACUGAUCAUUGACCUGCGUGACCUCUUCACGCUCAUCUACGACAUCAAGCAGCGAGAGGAGAUGGAGAAGAAGUCCCAGAAGGACAAGCAGUGUGAGCAGGCCGUCUACCAGACCAUUCUGGAGGAUGAGGUGGAUGAUCCAGUUUACCAGUACAUUGUGUUUGAGGCUGGACAUGAGCCCCUCCGUGGCCACCAAUCAGAGGAGAGCGUUUACCAGGUCCCUACCGCUACCAGUCAGCAGAAGGGAGAAGGGAUCUAUGACGUCCCAAAACGCCAUUUUAUGACUAACAUCAACCACUUUGAUCUGUUCGGAGACAUGUCCACUCCACCCUCGAUGCCCCCGUCCCCGGCCAACACUUUGGACCCCAGCAGGAGCCACCACCAGCACCAGCACCAACACCCCCCAGAGAUGUUCACCGGCCCCUUCAGCCCCACCUCUGUCCCCUCGGGGUAUAUGACCAUGGGGCCAGUCCAGGCAGCCCAGUGGGCCCAGCAGGGAUCCUUCUCUGGCCAGGCCCAGACCCUGGCCUUUGGGGUGCAGGGGCCCCUCCAGGUUACCCAGGUCCUCCCGGGAGGCCAGCCCGUCAUCUGGAGCCAGGCCAACAUCUUCCCUGCCACCCAGCAGCAGUGGGCUGCCAUGGCUGCCUAUAUGCCCGCCCAGGCCGUGGGCGUGGGGGGUCACCACCUCCCCAUGAUGGUGCCCAUCACCACCGUGUGCCCUGGCCCCCAGGGCCUACACUACGACCUCUCCUCCACCCCCUCCUCGGCCAUCACCAGCCCCCAGCACCAGGCGAUGGACCCCGCCCUGCUCCAGCAGCUCCAGCAGCAGCACAGCCUCAGUGGGGAUUCUGACGCAGGAGAAGGCCCCUCUUCGCUGGGCCUUGUCAUGGUGGGCAGCAGGUGUGGAACACCUGGGCCGAUGAGUCCCACUUCAAUGGGUCUGGGUGCUGUGGGCAGGUGUGAGACGCCUGUUAGCCUUGUCAUGAUGGCGAGGUGUGAGACACCCGGCCCUGGUCCAGUGAACGUGCCUCCUGACACCCUGGUCUGUAGCCAGCUGUGCCUGGGGUCACCGGCUGUGAUGUCACCAUUGGCCUUGACCCAGGAAGAGGAAGGCAGCUGUAGUGACCUUGACCUCUCUCGGAUGACCUUCAGUCCUGGCACAUCCACCUCACCGUCCACUGACUCAGCCCCAGCCCCCCAGCCUGGACCGUCCUCAGACUCCGCCUCGUCCCAGACCAGUGACCCCCCCACAGACUACUCUCCCAUCCAAACACAGGCCACACCCCCCAGCACCAGGGAGGAUGACUCGGGCUUAUGCACCAGGGCUCUGUCUCCCUGUCCAUCCGGAGAUACUCCACCUGAUUCUCCCCAGGCCCAGAUCUGUCCACAGGAAGACAGUUAGAGAACUCUGGGAGAAGGGACCUCUGUGACCUCUGUGAGGAUAGAAGAAGAUGAGAGGAGAGGAGGACAGCGGACUGAGAGAUAGAGGAGAGGAGGACAGCGGACUGAGAGAUGGAGAGGAGGACGGCGGACUGAGAGAUAGAGGAGAGGAGGACAGCGGACUGAGAGAUGGAGGAGGGGAGGACAGCGGACUGAGAGAUAGAGGAGAGGAGGACAGCGGACUGAGAGAUAGAGGAGAGGAGGACAGCGGACUGAGAGAUAGAGGAGAGGAGGACAGCGGACUGAGAGAUAGAGGAGAGGAGGACAGCGGACUGAGAGAUGGAGGAGAGGAGGACAGCGGACUGAGAGAUAGAGGAGAGGAGGACAGCGGACUGAGAGAUAGAGGAGAGGAGGACAGCGGACUGAGAGAUAGAGGAGAGGAGGACAGCGGACUGAGAGAUAGAGGAGAGGAGGACAGCGGACUGAGAGAUGGAGGAGAGGAGGACAGCGGACUGAGAGAUGGAGGAGAGGAGGACAGCGGACUGAGAGAUGGAGGAGAGGAGACUCUGGACUCCUAUGUCCCUCCUAAUAACUUGAUUACGGAUCUCUGUUCUGGAGAAUGCUGAUAUUGGCAGCCUAAAGCAGCAAUAUCAUAGGAUUGGCUUCUUUCCUGAGCUGGACAGCACAACACUCUCCUCACAUGCUGUCUUUCCCCCCCAGCCAAUCGGAAGCCCUUUCUCCCAUGAAGUAACCUAUGAUCUGUGACCAAACUGUAGCAGUGGGUCGUUACCACGACAACUUCCUGCCACAGGUCAGUGGGCGGAGACACCUUAUCUAUCAUGUGGCCUGGGAGGACCAAUCAAACUGCAUGGUCAGGAUGAGGAUUCAAAUGGGUUCUAAGGAUUAAAUCAUUUUUGGGGUGAUUUUGAGGAGGAAUGGUGUCCUAUGGGGUUAUACCCUUCGUUUGGAGAACUGCCACGCGACUCAGAGUACUCACUGUGUAGAACAGAUGGAUUUGCAAAAUGUUUUCAAACAGCUGACUUGUUCCAUUGGCAUGAACAUACUAUGUAUUGUGGAUCCAGCGAGACAACUGAUCUCCAUAGCUUCAUAGCUUCCUUUUCAAUGCUUAAAGAUAAAAAUAUAAUUUUUAUUUUGUAAGCUGCGACUUCUGAGUUGACGCUUCUGAGCAUUUUAUGGAUAACGAAAACAGCUUUGAGGCAUCAGUCGAAAUAAUUCCUGUUUGCCAGACUUCUAUUUUGUAAAUAAGAUUUCCUCAAGACCCCUUACACCGGAAUCUCUGUGCCAAAAGAUAGGUCUGUCAUCUGCCUCUCUGAUGCAAGCUACCUGUGGCUCUCUCAACUUUAAAGCAAUGCCACACCAGCACCUCUGUCUGUAUUGUCUGGAUGUUUGCUUUGCUUUCUUGACAUUUUAUUUGAUUUUUUGACUUUCUGUUUCUGUGUUGGGUUUGGUCAGUCAGUCUGUGAAUCUGUGUUACAUAGCCGUUGAAUCAAAGCAACGAUGGGGGUACCUGCUACCUGCUACCUGCUACCUGCUACCGGCUACCUGCUACCUGCUACCUGCUACCUACUACCUGCUACCUGCUACCUGCUACCUGCUACCUACUACCUGCUACCUGCUACCUGCUACCUGCUACCUGCUACCUGCUACCUGCUACCUGCUACCUGCUACCUGCUACCUGCUACCUGCUACCUGCUACCUGCUACCUGCUACCUGCUACCUGCUACCUGCUACCUGCUACCGGCUACCUGCUACCUACUACCUGCUACCGGCUACCUGCUACCUGCUACCUGCUACCUGCUACCUACUACCUGCUACCUGCUACCUGCUACCUGCUACCUACUACCUGCUACCUGCUACCGGCUACCUGCUACCUGCUACCUGCUACCUGCUACCUGCUACCUGCUACCUGCUACCUGCUACCUACUACCUGCUACCUGCUACCUGCUACCUGCUACCUGCUACCGGCUACCUGCUACCUACUACCUGCUACCUACUACCUGCUAC